AUGCCAGGGCGUGUUACUACUGAAGAGAGCCCGCCACCCGGCCAACCUGAAGUGCGUUCGCACAUCAUCAAGUUCCGAGUAGGAGCUCCUGCUCUUCGCACUUUGCAAAGUGCGUCGGGCGAUUUCACUGAGGAUGGCGAUACCUCCCCUUCCUCAAGCACUCCUGAGGACUCUCAAAAUCCCGAGACGCCUCGUGUGCGCCGAUCUAAGAGGGCCAUGGCUGUUCCCGAAUCAUCGCGGACUACUCGGCAGUCCAUUCGUCUGAUGCCUUCUGACAUGGCAUCCGACACUCCCAGUAAAUCCGUCGAUGCCGAUGCCAGCGAGGAUGACGGCUACUCGCCUCAUAAGGAGAGCCAGGACGAAGAUUUCGAGCCGCAGCAUCGCAUCAAGAAUGCCUCUCACACUCCUGAGCCUGCAUCCCAGCAUCAAUCUGACAGAGAUCAAACCGAAGAAGAUCACGAGAUGGCUGAUUCCGGCUCUGCAGCCUACAAUCAUGACAGUCCUGUUACUGACGAAUCACCUCGUGGAAUGUUCUCUCCGCGCUUGUCACGCAAACGCAAGUCCAUCGAAAUGAAGGAUGAAAGCCAAGAUUCGGAAUCUUUCGGUAUCUCGGAAAUCGCCCACAAAAAGCCCAAGAUUGAAGAGGAGGCCGAACCUACUCCCGACAGUGCCCUGCAGAACGGCAAUGGAACCGAGUCUCAGUCUGACAACACGGUCGACGCACUCGUUGCAGAUAUUGCCCCAGUAGUUGCUCCCGCCCGAGGCCGAGGCCGAGGACGCGGAAGUCGUGGUGGCUGGCGUGGACGUGGUCGAGGUCGAGGACGUGGACGCGGCAGCCGAGGAGGUGCCAUCGGACCCAUUCGAUCGACGGUGGUUCGCGCACGCGGUCGUGGCCGAGGCCGGGCACGCGCAUCAGCAACCGCACUUCGACGCGGCGGCAAGAGAAUCGAAGACGAGAUCUGGGAUAGCGAGAGUCGCCGACGAUCCCCUUCACCUAUUCUACUUACCCAGCCGAUCAAAGAUCGACAGGAUGAACUUGCAUCACUGUUCAAGAAGGUUGGACAGGCACAGCAAAUUGCACUCAGUGUGCUUGCUGAUCAUUCCAUGACGAAGAUCGCGCGGGACAAAUUUGCGCACAAGGAAUGCCCGGAGUUUGUAGAGAUCCAGAAGGAACUUGCCGAAUAUGAGCGCAAGGCGCUGGGUCGGUUCCGUGAGGACUACGACUUGAAGGUCGAUACUGCGGAGAAGGUCUACGUGGGGGAGAUCUACAAUAUUAAGGAGCGAGCGAGGGAGCAAAUCGGAGAAAUCAAACAGGAGAUGUUCCAUGCAGCCCGUGGCAAAUACAUGGAGCUGGUCGUGGGCCGUCAGGCAGCCGAAGAUGAUGAACAUACAGAGACUGAUGGUUCCGAUCGCGAUGGCGAGGAGCCGCAAUACCUUUUCAGAAUCGGCAAGGCUGGUAUCAGAGAGGUCGAGCGCGGGUACGUUGCAGAAGCUGUUCGCAACCCCGACGGCGCAGCUGCGCACGAACGCGGCGACAAGAUGUGGGAGGACUUUAUCAAGAAGGUCCAACUGGGCGAAGAUUUGAACCCACAGAUGCGCGCUCUGGAUGCAACCGUAGACGCAGCAGUACAGGAGCAGAUCGAACGAUCUUUGGAGAGUCUCUUACACGCCGUACAAGUUAUUCACGACCAAGAAAGCAGGAAGGCAUCACAAGACGCCUCACCCAAGGCUCUCUCCAUGCUGGCAGACACUGCACUUGCCGAGCCACCCACACCGCAUCUCCCACAGAUGCGCACCACCGAUCCUAAUAUGCAACACCCCCACCGUACGCUCCUCCCCACGCCAUCUCAGGUCCCGCACCCACCUCCGCCAUCCGGCAUGGCGGCGCAUGGCCCCACCGAUCCCCGAUCCUUCAUUCUUCCUCGACCUUCCCCGAUUCUCUCGCAGCCUCGUCAUCUCCUCCCGGCACGCCAGCAACUCGGCCUGCCGGACCCGUUCGCCAUGAACGGACCCCCGCAGCUACCGCCGCCCCCGGGCUCGAACUUCCGAAGUCUGCCUCUUCCCAACUACCUUCCACCUCCGGGGCACCCAGGACCCCCGGGACCCCCAGGCCCGCCCUCUAUGUACUUCCCAUCGCCGCAUGGGCAUGGACAUGGGCCUCCGCCUCCUCCGCCUCGUCGAUACUAA